AUGAUGACCACAGAGCUUUUGGAUGUUCAACCCCGCGAACUCAAAUUCACAUUUGAGUUGAAGAAGCAAAGUUUAUGCUCGAUUCAACUUAUCAAUAAGUCUGAUCACUAUGUUGCUUUCAAGGUAAAAACCACUUCUCCAAAGAAAUACUGCGUGCGGCCUAACGCUGGCAUCAUAAAACCCAAGGCAACAUGUGAUUUCACAGUUACUAUGCAAGCUCAGCGUGUUGCGCCACCUGAUUUGCAGUGCAAAGACAAGUUCCUUAUCCUGAGCACAGUUAUUCCAUUCGGGACAACUGAAGAGGAAAUUACAUCUGACAUGUUCUCAAAAGAUAGUGGCAAAUACAUUGAAGAGAAGAAACUAAGAGUGGUGCUCAUCAGCCCACCCUCUUCCCCAGUAUUUGUACCAAUUAAUGGAGAGUCGAAGCAAGAUCCAUGUUAUGAAAAUUCAGUGAAAAAGGAUAGAGUUCUGAGUGGAGUUGAAAACAUACCCCCACCUCAUGGGGUUGCUGAGGAUGUUGAGGGGUUUGAAACUUAUAAGGACAUGGAUGAGUCAAGAGCAGUUAAGGAUGUCGAGGAAUUGAAACCAGCUAAGGAUGUGGUGGAAUUGAAACCAGCUAACAUUGGGGAGGAAUUGAAACUAGCUAAGGUUGUGGAGGAAUUGAAACCAGCUAAGGAUGCUGUUGGGUUGAAUUUAACAAAGGAUUUUGAGGAAUUGAAAUUGAAGCUAAAUACAGUGGAUUCAAAGCUAAAAGAGGCUGAACUUACCAUCAUGAAGCUAACAGAAGAGAGAAGCAUGACCACUCGCGAGAAGAAUAUGCUUAAACAUGAAUUGGAGUUGCUGAGGAGGAAGAACAAUGUCAAAAGGAUUAUGGUUGGCUUCCCUCUCUUUUAUGUUUGUAUGGUUGCUCUCAUCAGUCUAGCAAUCGGAUACUUUAUCCAUCCGUAG